UUUUUUCUCAACCACUUCCAUUUCCCAAUUCAGUUGAAAUUUUAUUGUCGCAAGAGGAACUUGUGUUGUGUGUUCCUGUUAUUCAAUUUUAUUUAUAAUUUAUUUAGUUCGUGUGUGUGUUGUCAUCGACAAGACAAGGUCCUGUAUAUUUUCCUAAAAUUUUCGCCUUUUUAUCUGGAACAAUCUCAACAUGAUGAUAACGCAAAAUGUGCAAAUAAAUUACGUAAAUAGAACAUUGUGGUGCGAAUAAAAUAGAAAAAUAGUUAUGACCGAACUAAUCGUUUCUCGAGGAGACACGUUCCCUAGGGCAUUCCUGGACACGUACAGGGCGAGCAAAAACACCGAUUUUUACGGUGAUUUGACCGCGAGCAAAAGCGAUGAGUUGGUGUUGCAAAAUUCCGCGGACAUUCCCGUCGCCGAAGAUUUGCACCACGGACAUUCAGAGAAUUUGUUAGAUUCUGGAUGCAUGUCGCCGACCAAAGAAGAUUUUCUGGAUCAGCCCGAAGUGGUGCUGCCCAAGUACAGGAACAAACGGGUGCCUGUAUACGAUCGGGUUGAUCCUGAGGACAGUAUUAGGGAUAUUGUUAGUGAAAAUGAUUUUUAUAGAUUUGUACUAUUCAAAAAACACUACGACAAAUAUCUGCACCUGUCGCAAAAGUACGAGGAGGCCAGGAACAUUGCUUAUUAUUUAGAGGAGAAAUAUCACGAGGUUAAGACUGAAAGGGACGAUCUUAUUCAGCAAAGGGAAGAAAUUGCCAGACGGCUUGAAUCCAGCGAGUGUUUGGUCAGAGAAAAAGAAGAUGACGUUUUUUUGAAUCUGGAAAGAGUAGUCUAUUUAGAAGAACAAUGUGAUAAGUUGCGUGCUGAAAAAGAAAAACUUCUCGAACAAAAAACACUGAUAGAGAAGGAGCGCGACAAAACUUUGAGACUGCUACAAGAACAGGCAAAAGAGUCCGAAUAUAAUCGUAGAAGACUGGAGCGAGCGAGACAGGAAGUUGUACAUCAUUUGACGAAAAUCAAGAACGAAAAAGAGAAUCUGGAAAGAGAGAAUGAUAAACUUAAAGAAGAACUAGAAGCGGAACGUAAAGGUAUGGGCCGGUACGUCUCGCAACUUCAAAGACGUAGAACCACCGCAUCAGAAUUUGCAGAUAGAAAGGUAGUACAGCUAAAACCGUCAGAAUAUCAAAGUUCGACGCUGGCGUCACAGUUUCAAAAAGCUGUCGAGCACUUGGCCAAUUGCAAACAGAAAAAGUGUUCGGUUUGUGCUUACGCUAAAGCUUCUUACAAGAGAAUUUCGCCCCAUCAUCAUAAAUAUAAAUUGUUUGGUUGUCUCCAGACGCCGUUCCUAGAAAUGCGCAACAUGAUCAAACCUCCAAGGUCUCCUAUACACUGUGGCGAAGGCGAAAGUCUAUCCGAAUGGUUUUGUAGGAUUGAAGAGUCUCCAUCGGCUUCAGCGUACGUCGAAAGCGAAUGCUCCUCCCUGAGUGUCCCUUUUGCAGAAAUGUCCAUUUCUUAUAUGGACGACGUUUCGGAAACUUCUUCCAGUUUUACAAGGGAUAAGGAUCAGGAUGAUCAAGAUGGGUACUGUCAUGAAAAUAGAAAUAGUUUUAGAGGUUUUGGAAGUGAUUCAGGUUUCUCAUCGGACCUGUGUGGCGAUUACAAAAGUAACGCGACCACCCCGAAAGAAAAGUUUAGUCCUAAAGCUACCUUGGACGAGCAAGACUGUGCCAAACUGACUCGCACCAAGUGGACCGCCUCCUUUCGGAAGAUUAUACGUAGAAUUAAGAAGUAACUUAGUCCUAGAAAAGGUGAAGUUUUUCCAUAUUUAUUACGUGGAUAGAGGGAAUUGAUUUUUCUCAAAUAGGUUUUCAAACUGAUAUUAUUAGUCCUAGUUGUGUAGUUUUUAGGUAAGAGAAUUUUGUCCCAAAAUUUAGCAGUAGGAUCAAUUGAAAUUUGUUGAAUUUAGAAAUAAUAGCAAAAUCGUUGAAUUGUCCAUUGUAGUAUAUGAGAUAGUCAUUUUAUACCAAAAUUUCUUUGGAUAAUUUACAAUUUUAGGUGAAAAUCUUGCCCUUGGUGGUAUAAUUGAUAUAGAAGGCAAAUGCUCAAGUACUUAAUAAUUUGAGCAUGCCUUCUUAUAUUAAAUAGAUUACUAAUAAUUAUUAACACAGUAUUUAUUAUUUAUGUAUUUUUAUUUUUUUAGCAGUAUUUUUUUGGAUUGCUCUGUUUACAAGCAAUUUAAGCAUCUUAAGUUUAAUUAUGUACUUAAUUUUUAAGCAGCUAUAUUUAUAGUCGUUACUUAUUUUUCUUAAUAAGUAAUUAGGGUCAGUAUCUUUAUCACUUUAUUAAAUUAUGGACAAAGGUGAAAAUUAAUUGUAACAGUCAAUUAUUUCUUGAUAUUAACACAGUGUGGAAACAAAAAUCCUAAUAUUUGAUUUUAAUUUCCACACUAAAAAUUAACUAUAAUUUAAUAGACGAUAAAUAUACUUUGUCCUUACCUGGAUAAUAAUUAAUUUAACCACCCAAGUGCUUUUUCAAACAGGAAAAAAACAGUAUAACCUCAUAAGUCUCAAUCUUAUUGAUUUGGUUUUACAGGAUUUUCUAUGCUUUUCUAUUUAUUAUUAAGUUAUUUGACUUUUCUAGCCUCCUUACAUUCCAUGUUUGUAUUUGACUUUGAUAUUUAAGUAAAUUUUUUCCAAAUAUAUUAAUAAAGAGUGUUUCCCGUUU